AAUCCCUAAACGAAACGAUUCAGAAGAACCACGCCGCGACAUGCAGGUUAAAGCUCCACAAACAGAACCAAGGAUGUGUUACUGACGGCAUCCCUCAGUUCCAGAGAGGCUGUGGGGAAAGAGGACUGUGAGACUGUCCUGUGGUCCUGCUUGCAGAUCCAAUCCCAAUUUCUUGCGGAUUCGGUUGCCAACGUGCGAGCAGUUCUAUUCAUCGACGAAGAGUCAUGGAUAAUUCAUAAACAUGCAAACCACUGGAUUAAUUUCAUUCACAUGGUUCUGUGGUUGAACUUAAAGGAAUCGUCCGAGGGAAUAAUUAUCCAUAUUUCCAACCUGGCUUGUGAGAGGAGGAGGACUGUUGCAAUGUCACCCCAUUCAACAUCUUUGGAGCUUUGUGGAAGAGGGAUGCUGGAAUGAAGUCGAGCACUAUGGGGCUUUCCAGGUUGGUUCUUCUGACUCUUCCAGCUCUCCUUACCCUCAUCACUGUCUCACAUGCGGCAGAGAAAGUGCCCAUACUGAACAUUGCUGUGAUCCUGGGUCAAACACGCUACAUUUCCGAUCGAGAUAUACGGGCUCUGUGGAGCAAAGAUGACCCCAUUGAUGUCAACGUGGUGACCCUGCUGGUGAAUGAAACAGACCCCAGAAGCAUCAUCAACCAUGUGUGCGAUCUCAUGUCUGGGACUAAAAUCCACGGAGUGGUGUUUGGGGACGGCACAGACCAGGAAGCCAUCGCCCAGAUUUUGGAUUUUAUUUCCUCUCAGACUUUGAUACCCAUCCUGGGGAUCCACGGGGGCUCGUCCAUGAUCAUGGCGGAUAAGGAUGUGAAAUCAACAUUCUUCCAGUUCGGGGCCUCCAUCCAGCAGGAGGCACUGCUCAUGCUUAACAUCAUGGAAGAGUACGACUGGCACGUCUUCACCAUAGUGACCAGCAAGUUCCCAGGCUACCAGGAUUUCAUCACCAUCCUGAAGACAACGGUCGACAACAGCUUUGUGGGUUGGGACCUCCAGAACACCAUCACCCUGGAUGCCGUGGAUGGGGACACCAGGACCCAGAUCCAGUUGAAGAAGGUGCAGUCUCCAGUCAUCCUCUUAUACUGCUCCAAGGACGAAGCAGCUUACAUCCUGGAAGAGGCCCGUUCACUGGGCCUGACCGGGUUCGGGUACAUCUGGAUCGUGCCCAGCUUGACCACAGGCAACCCAGAUAUCACUUCAGAUUCGUUACCCUCUGGAAUGAUUUCUGUAUCCUAUGAUGACUGGGACUAUCCUCUUGAGGCACGGGUUCGAGAUGGGCUUGGGAUUAUAACCACAGCAGCUGCAGCCAUGUUGGAAGAGUUUGGGGACAUCCCUGAGGCCAAAACCAGCUGCUAUGGCCAAAUGGAGAAAACCAAGUUGCCGCCCAGCGCGUUACACAAGUACAUGAUGAACGUGACCUGGGAUGGCAGAGAUUUGUCCUUUACCGAAGACGGUUACCAGGUGUAUCCCAAACUGGUGGUGAUCGUGUUGAACAAAGACAGAGAGUGGGAAAAGAUGGGCAAAUGGGAGAACCAGAGUUUGACCUUGAAAUAUCCGGUGUGGCCUCGCUUUAACUCGUUUGGCGAUGCAGAGACAGACGACAAUCACCUGACCAUUGUAACACUAGAGGAGAAGCCCUUUGUCAUCGUGGAGAAUGUGGAGCGCCUCACGGGCACCUGCAUGAGAAACUCUGUGCCCUGUCGUAAACACAUCAAAGACAACACCACCGAGGGAGGAGGAACAUACAUCAAAAAGUGCUGCAAAGGCUUCUGCAUCGACAUACUCAAGAAAAUUGCUCGGAAUGUGAAGUUCACCUAUGACCUUUAUCUAGUGACCAACGGGAAGCACGGGAAGAAGAUCAACAAUGUGUGGAAUGGCAUGGUGGGAGAGGUGUUGACCAAAAAAGCAGUCAUGGCCGUGGGCUCCCUGACAAUCAAUGAGGAGCGCUCAGAGGUCAUCGAUUUCUCCGUCCCCUUCGUGGAAACGGGGAUUAGUGUGAUGGUAUCCCGUAGCAACGGAACUGUCUCUCCAUCAGCGUUUUUAGAGCCCUUCAGUGCGUCUGUGUGGGUGAUGAUGUUUGUGAUGCUGCUGCUGGUGACUGCAAUGGCUGUCUUCAUGUUUGAGUACAUCAGCCCUCUGGGCUUCAACAGGAACCUUGCUCAGGGCAAAGACCCUCACGGACCGUCUUUCACCAUGGGGAAAGCAGUGUGGCUGUUGUGGGGCCUGGUAUUUAACAACUCUGUGCCGGUGCAAAACCCCAAAGGCACCACCAGUAAAUUCAUAGUGUCCGUCUGGGCCUUCUUUGCUGUCAUCUUCCUGGCCAGCUACACUGCUAACCUGGCUGCCUUCAUGAUCCAGGAGGAAUUUGUGGACCAAGUGACAGGUCUAAGUGACAACAAGUUUCAGAGCCCCUACUCCUACUCCCCUCCUUUCCGCUUUGGAACGGUCCCGAACGGCAGUACAGAGAGAAACAUCCGAAAGAAUUACCCCGACAUGCACCAGUACAUGGUGAAGUACCAUCAGACCGGGGUGAAUGAUGCACUAGUCAGCUUGAAGACCGGCAAACUUGAUGCCUUCAUAUAUGACGCAGCUGUGCUGAACUACAUGGCCGGCAGGGAUGAGGGCUGUAAAUUAGUGACCAUUGGCAGUGGCUACAUCUUUGCUACCACUGGCUAUGGCAUUGCCCUGCAGAAAGGAUCGCUUUGGAAGCGCCCGGUGGAUCUGGCCAUUCUCGCUAUUAUUGGUGAUGGUGAGAUGGAGGAAUUGGAAGCUCAGUGGCUGACUGGGAUCUGCCACAAUGAGAAGAACGAGGUGAUGAGCAGCCAGCUGGAUGUGGACAAUAUGGCUGGAGUGUUUUACAUGCUGGCAACCGCAAUGGGUCUCAGCCUCAUUACCUUUGUCUGGGAGCACCUGUUCUACUGGAGACUCAGAUACUGCUUUACUGGCGUCUGCUCAGGCACACCCGGCCUGCUCUUCUCUAUCAGCAGGGGUAUAUGGAGUUGCAUUCAUGGUGUCCAUAUCGACAUGAAGAAAAAGUCAUCUGACCUGGACUUCAGUCCCCAGUCCAACAUGCUUAAGCUUAUCAAGUCUGCCAAGCAGAUGACUAAUAUGACCAAUCUCAGCGGCUCCAGGAUCAACUCUCCUAAACGCGGCAGUGAGUUCAUGCAUUCGGCAAGCCCCAUGAUCAUGGACAUGAUGGCGGAGAAAGGGAACUUCAUCUACACUGACAAUCGCAGCUAUGCCCAAAAGGAUAUAUACGGGGACUCCAGCGACUUGCAGUCAUAUCUGUCCAACCGCCAUAAGGACCAUCUGAACAACUACAUCUUCCAGGGUCAGCAUCCCCUCACCCUCAAUGAAUCAAACCCUAAUACUGUAGAGGUGGCGGUGAGCGCAGACACAGCCCAGACCAAUGCAAAACCCCGAGCUCUGUGGAAGAAAUCUGUGGAUACUUUGCGUCAAACACAGGGGCCUGAUACCCUGGACCCCCGUUUGUCCAUGAAGAGUCAGAGGUACCUGCCAGAGGAUGCUGCACACUCGGAUAUCUCUGACUGCUCAAGCAGGGCCACCUCCUACAAGGAUCCAGACAAUAACAAGCACCUAAAGCCCAAGGAUAACUUAAAAAAAAGAUCGACGACGUCAAAAUACCCUAGGGAUUGCAGCGAAGUAGAGCUGUCCUACUUAAAAAAUAAGCAGGGCGGAGCGGGCCGGGAGAAAAUCUACACCAUAGACUCUGACCGGGAGCUGAGUCUGCACUCAGAGCCACAACACUACAGGGAAGGCAGAGCCUUUACAACCGACGAUUUGGAUUUUGGGGAAAUUUACUCAGACCACAACGACAAUUACAGGAAAUGUGACCAGCCCAUCAUCCAUCUCAACAGCAGCCCCAUGCAUCAAAGUGAAUCUGACCUCCUGCCAGACAACACGUACAACAAACACUACAGUUUGAAGGAGAAGAACCUCAGUCCGCACGAAACCAACGACCGGUUUAAACAGACUCAUUGCCGGAGCUGUCUUUCCAAGGUACCCAACUACAACACAGGGCCGUAUGCUGCCGCGCGCUCGCCAUAUAACCGGUGUGAGGCCUGCAUCCACAUGGGCAACCUGUACGACAUCAGUGAGGACCAGAUGCUGCAGGAGGCCAUGAUCAGCCCUAGCAUGCACCACGAUGACAUGUUUAGCCACUACUGGCCUCAGACAGACGGGCCACACGUACAGAGGAGGAACAGACUGAGGCUUAGCCGUCAGCACUCCUUUGACAAUAUCAUGCUCGAGAAGCCCAAAGAGAUUGACCUGAACCGGCCGGCGCGGAGCGUCAGCCUAAAAGAGAAGGACCGAUUCCUGGAGGACAGCCCUUAUGCAAACAUGUUUAACAUCAAGGCUGACAAACUGUUUGGCAGUAGGUCCAUGCUCUUUAACCGAAGCCUGGAGGAAAGCAAGCGUAGUAAGUCACUUUACCCUGAUCACCCCUCGGACAACCCCUUCAUGCAAUCUAUACGGGACGAUACUCGCCUGGUCCACGGCAGGAGCUCCUCAGAUAUUUACAAACAGUUGGCUCCCAUCAAAAACAGGAACGAGAACAAUCUGAGGUCCUCCGUGAAGUCCACUACUUCAUACUGUUCCAGGGAUGGUCAAAUACCCAAUGACAUGUACAUUUCAGAGCAUGUAAUGCCUUAUGUAGCCAACAAGACUAGUGCAUACUCAGCUCCCCGGGUUCUCAACUCUUCGCAGUUUAGCAAUAGACGAGUGUAUAAGAAAAUACCUAGUCUCGAGUCAGAUGUUUAAUGCUUUUUUUGUGAAGUUGAACUAUUUACUCACUUAGAAUGCCACAUUCACCUACAUCUAUAAAGUACCCGAGAUAGCGCUCUUCUUAUACGAGCGCUUUCCAAAGGUUUUCAGCAUUUUAAGAUGCCUUCUGGGCGUAAGCCAAUAAAAUGUGGUCCAGCAUGGAAGUUGUUAAUUAUCCCCCACACUUGGCCCAGUGCUAGUGUGUACUCAAAACGCUGAGUGCUAGGACAGAUGUACUGCUUCGAAGUCCGACCCGAAGCCAUGGUGGACCGAAACAGAUCCUAGGGUGGGGUUUCAGGUAUUUGGCCCCACACUGCAUGUGACAAGAGCGUACCUGUAUCAGACAGACUGUGGCUGGAGUAGUUCCUGAAUUUAAGGCAAGCAAGGGUAUUUAAUUCAUUCAUUUGCACUCAGCAAUUGCAUUUUUGCUUUUAUUAAUAUAGACUUGGGAUUUUUGGCAUUCUAAUCCCUAUGUAGAAUUUAGACUCUUCUCUAUCUUAUUUGGUAGCACAAUAAUCAUUAGUUAACAGCCCACCUCUGCUUUAUAAACAGAACUUCUAUAUUACUGUCAGGAGUAGAUUUAUUUUGCAUGUGUGUUUCUUUUCUUGUCUGAUUUGUUUUGAAGAUAUACUAACAUUAAGGUGAUUUCAUUUGAUAGCUGAGGUGGCCAUCUGUGCAAUGAAAACUUGACCUGUAUGUAGGUUGUUCGACUAGGAAUAUUGUGUCGAUCCUCCAUUUCAAGAUUUUGGGGAAGUUUCUCGAUGGAAGUUUGCUGUGCAUUUAUUUCGUUCAAUACUUCCAUCUCGUCACUGUACACUGUGAAACCGAAUCAGAGCAUCACUUCUCGAAGACUGUUGUUUACUGUAGCUCAGCGGAGCCUUGCUUCGCUGUCGCAAUCCACUCAUUUAAUGUAACGAAGGCCAUGUGUGAAGCUUGAAGUCUGAACUAGAGGAUUGGUUUUCUGUUGCAGUCCGUAACACGGUCAGCGCGCUAUUCACACUGAGGACUACCACUCAAGAUCUUUGUUCUGCUGACCUAUUACUAAACUUUAUACUGUACGAACACACUCGAUGAACUCCAUGCAAUGUGAAUCAGAACACAUAGCCAAAUCGUGUAUUAGAUCAAAUACCUCAGGAUGGUUCUGUGUCAUUUUGUGUAAGGUUUUCUCUGCACCACCACCUAAAGGUACAUUCACGCAUGUUUCCCUCCACUCCGCUAUGGUUGUCCAAGGACUUCCUUUGCAGUCACUUUUAUGUGAACAAUAGAGAGGGGAUCUUUCAGCCAUCUUUGAAACAAGCUUUAUGUUUACGAUUUCAACGUUUGUUGGAAAACAGGAUGUUUAUCGACAUAACCAUGUUAUGACAUGACUGCUGUAGCAGCUUCCACUCUCAUAUCAGAUUUGCUUUCUUUGAUCUUCCCCAAUAAUGUGACAUUAUUCACUGUACACAUAUCUUGAAUAUGUCAUCACUGUCACAAUCAUGAACAUAUUCAACAUAUGAAGUGCUGCUUUAAGAAGCUAAUGUGCGUAUGCACAUGUAAAAUAUCAAGGUCUUGUAAUCAUAUAUGCCAUACAUAGUUUUUACUCUUUGCAACUUGUUUUUCAGUUAUUUUUCACCCUUGUAAUAACCCCAGUCUUUAAGGAAAAUGUAUUUUGAUUACAUGAACAUGAAUUAUAAUAAUGGCAUGCAACUCAAUUGUAACUCUUUCUAUGUUUUUGUUAUGAUGUUAUGAUCACAAAUUAUUUGUAACAGGGUGCAAAUAUAGCAUAUAAAUGAAAAGAAAAUGAUUAUUCAUAUUGCAGAGCUGCAGUUUUGGGGAAAUAAGCAAGGCAUUAGCCUCUAUUAUCAAUCACAGAGCUACAUCUGCAUUGAUUUCAUAUCCUUUGCGAGGCGAGGUGAAUAUCCUUGCUCUUCCUCGAUUAGCGGGUGAAAACAUCACCAGCUAUGCUUUCUGUCUCUUACCUGUCACAUAUAGCCAGAUUUAACCUGUAAAGAGAGCGAGAGAGAGAAAAAAGUCGGGUCUGCUCUUUUCGGGUUUGCUAUCCCUCCAAAGAUAUGACGUCUUCUUGAUUUUCUCUAUUAUCUAUGGUUUGCUGUAAGAAUAGAGCUUUUUUUUUAAUUCCUCAAAGACUUAGCAACUAUUUUGAAUAUAAGGCACUUGUAUAUUGCUUGUAAAUUCUUACUCAAAUAAUUCAUGAAAGUUAAGAUGAUACAGAGUAAACAAUAUUUUUUGUGUGGGUUUCACAGGUCUGUACAGUAGCACUCGUUUUCUGUAGCAUACGUACGAAAAAUGACAUCACUCACAAGGUCUGCAUCGAAACGUCACCUUUCGAGAUUUCAAAGUCUCCAUGCAGUUUGUUAUCAGGGAUUGUAGCCCUGCAGUUUUUGUAAGCUUGAACAUUUCGGGGCUGGGGUGAGAGUGGGGGCUACAGGCAUUGAGGCAGAUUUUUUUCUUAGUAAAUACUGUCAAUCCACUUGAAGGUGAGCUUGGAUCAAGCAGAUCAGUGUGAGGAGAACUGGUCUUUGCUCAUAGACAUACUGUGCAGGGGUCGUCAUGAGACUGCAGGGUACAAAUCCAUCCUGCUCAUGAACCAAAGCUCUGUGGCCACUCUGGCCUGUCGUUUAGGCCGCCAAACUUCUGGGAUUUUUACACAAAAAACUUCUUGAAAACCAAAAUGUACUUUUUACUUCAUCAUUUUUGUUUUUUUGUCGAAGGUUAUCGGAGGCUCGAGUGGAACAGCGCAGGUCAGGUAUUGAUUGCAAAUGGAAACAGAUGAACUGUGUGGGAUUAUUUUAUGUAGCAAUUUUUGGCUGGGCGAAAGCCAUCUGUAGUCUAUUGAAAAAUCUAUUAUAUUAUAUUUUUGGUUUCAUUUACCUCUCAUAGAAUAGUGCACAAUUGUGAAUUUAAAGUAGCUCAGAUGCUGAUUAUUUCCAUAAGAUGAGCUAGUCUAGGCAAAGUGGUUGAGUAAAUCAACAAAGGAGGAUUUUGAAGUCACAGAGAAAAGUUGGUACUUUCUCAAUUACACCUUAACUGCCGUUUAAGGGUUAAUCUGUUUCGUUCUGCAUGUUUGUUACACUCCACUUCUUUCAGCGGAGAUGUGUGUUUGGGUACGUUUAUAUGCUGUGGAUCAAGAAGAGAGGGAGUUUUAGGAUCAACGGCUAAUGGCACUCAGUUUGUAUGCUGAAUAUUUACACUCUAAAAGUCUUUGUAGAUAACAGAGAUGCCUCCAUCACCGCAAGUUUGUCUUUUAUGAAAAUCCAUUAGACUGAAAGAUACAACCAAUCUUCUUUCCCUUUGAGGCAGUCUUUAUGGCCGCGUAGAGCAGAUUAUCAAAAAGCGAAGCAGGGAAGUGAGACAGUUACUUAACACAACAAUAGAUCUCUGCAUCCACAUGGACACCAUUUGAAAUCUAUUCUUUCCUAAAUUGAUGUUUUGCCAAGUGCAGUGCAGUAAGAAGAUAGGCCUUUUUUGUCUGCCAGGCAAGCUGGUGUACUGUCACUGCAUCAUUGGCUGUGUUCCCAUCGAGGUAGUUUCAAGGAGAAAUCACCUCAGCUCAAAUUACAUCUGCCAGAGCCACACAAGGCACAGUGAGAAGGGGCAGGUGGCUAAAGACAGGAGCGGGAGUCCUCAUGCAUGACUGUGUCGACUGCAGCUCGCUCCCUUUCGUUCUCAGGCCGCUUUAUAACCCUCAGGAAGACGUUUGCAGAGGCAAAAAUGGCAGCUUGGAAACAACUUGUAAAUGCUCACUGUCAGUCAUGCGGCUCAUUUUUAUCAUUGCAUUACUGACAUGAGGAUUAUCAUUGUUCACCUUCAGUUUUAAAACCAAACGCCCCUCGUGAUUUCUGUAAUGCAUUUCCUGUGAUGGGUAUUUUAAAUGUUUGAUUAAUUUAAUAGGAAAUCAGACAGGACAGACAGCGUUUUAGUGAGUACUGACCCUAAAAGUGGCAUUUUUUUUUAAUUCUUUGUUUGGUUGUUGAGCUGCUGGAAUACUUGCACUUAUUAAAGGAAACGCUGGCUUCCAUGUAAAAACAAAGAUUUUGAACGUAGCAGACUCACAGUAGAAAGAAAGAAACAUUUGUUUGAAACGAAUCACUUGUGUUUCCUGUUUAAUAAUCACUCUUGUGAGCUUUGCAUUCAUAUUUUAUGUGAUUAAAAGUAGAAAUUAUUUUAGAACAGUGUUUUAUACUGGGGCAGUGGGGAUUGUCAUGUGACUAUAACCUAUUUAUCACUGAAACAUGUGACCUGCUGCCUAAAUGUUAUUUUAUAACGAAGCAUUAUCACUUGUGUGCGUACUGAAAUGUCUUAAGAACUUUUUAAAGUAAGUUGGAAGUAAUCGCUUACAUAAAAGCUGACACAAACUUGCAUUAAUUAAAUCAUUUCUGCUAUCGGCAAAUUGCAUGAGAAAGUACUAAAUCAUUGGAGCGGUUUAAACAUAUCUCCUGUACAUUUCGUUUAAAAUAUUGUGUUCAGAAUUAUUCUUUUUUUUUGUUCUCUGCUUUUUUUUGUGUGUGUAUGUAGAUCAUAUUAAAGGAACAGGUCUGAUAUGUGACUUGUGAAAUGUCAAUACAGCGUGGUUGCAGGACGUGUGCUGGGUUACAAGAUGUAAAAACAUGUAUAUAAGUCAAAGUUUCAUUUUUCUAAUAAAGGCUCUUUCUGCCACUUUA